UAAAUUCAACCUCUCACAACUCAAAAAUCCUUCCUCAGUUCCUACCUGACAUCCGACCACAGCAAAAAUGUCCACCCAUCCUCAAGUCACCUGGGCCCAGCGAAGCUCCGCCACCGUGCCAGAGAAGAAUAUUCUCUAUGUGACUGUUGAUCUGCCCGACAUCGUACCGGACACCCUUCAACUUGAUUUCAAAGAAGACUCGAUAUCCUUCAAGGCAACGGCCGGAAAUGCCGCUAGGGGACUGCCUGAGAAAGGCUAUGCAUUUACUCUUGAUCUCUAUGCGUCUAUCGUACCGGAGGAAACUAAGAAGGUUCUCUCUUCGCGCCACUUAGCCUUGCAGCUACGCAAGAAGGAAGUGCAGGCUGAGUAUUGGCCUCGCCUGACCAAGAUCAAGACGCCUUGGCUGAAGACAGACUUCACCAAGUGGGUUGACGAAGAAGAGCAGGAUGGCGUGACAGAGCCCGAUGAUCUGGGAGGAAUGGGAGAUAUGGGUAUGGGCGAUAUGAGCGGUAUGCCAGGGAUGGGAGGUAUGGGCGGCAUGCCAGGGAUGGGAGGCAUGGGCGGUAUGCCGGGAGGAUCCGACUUCAAUUUUGAGGAGAUGAUGGCGAAAAUCAAUGCCGGCUCACCAGGUGCAGCACCGGGUGGCGCAGACGAGGAUGAUGAGGACGACGACGACGACGAUGUACCUCCUCCCCUGGAGGCCGCAGAACCAUCGUCCUCAAAGGAUCAAGAGGGAGAGGCAGGGAGUCACUGAUGUGUGGUAGAGGCACUUUGUGCCUAGGACUCAAAAAUGUCUUAUGUAAUCCGACCAUGUCGUCCGUCCCUAGUCGUUCCAGUACUCUGCAGGAGCAUCUCUUCGUGCAUCUGUUCAAUAUGCC